CCGCCUAUUCAUUACAGAAUAGUAAGAACCAGUCCAAGUUUCCAAGGCUUGGGCUUUUCUGUAACGAAUAGGCGGUUGUAAAACAUAUCUAUUGGUAUCAAACAAGUCGAGUUUAAAAAAUCGAAAGAAAUUCGUCGUAUUCAUUGAAAAAGUCGAUCUUUCUCUCAUCUUUCUGCCUGAAACAAGAACUUGAAAAUGAAGUGUGUACAGUUCGAAACAUUGACUGUAUUAUAAAUAAUGAAGAAUACAUUUAUAGCUGCUUUAAAUCUUUGCAACUAGAACAGCCAUUUAUUCCAGAAAUUCCCAUUUAUGCUAGAAAUUUCCUCCGAGGAGACAUUUUUUCUUUGCACGAUAGGGAGCCAUUUAUUCGGAGAAAAGUGUGGGUAAGCCAUUUAUUCUAGAGACGGCGCAACUUAUUAAUCUAGUAAUAAGCUGUAACUGCUGAUGCUAGUUAUACGUACCAUAGUGAACAAGUAUCAAGGUUUAUGGAUUGUUUGGAAUUGAAUCGUAAUAUUCGUCAGAAUUAUAUUAUUCAAAGUAUAAAGGUAUUUCUUGCGUUACAUGCACUAAGUGGAUCUGACUAUACAUCACAUAUUAGAAAUGUUACAAAAUCAACACUUUUUACAACAUAUUGUCAAAAUCCAACACUAUAUAUAGAAGAUCUAAGUAUAUUACCAGCCACAGCCAUUGUAUGA